AUGGAGCUCAGCAGGAAACGCAGUAUCACUGAAGUCCCAAUUUUUUCAAGCAAAGGAAAUAGGAAAAGGGACCUCUCCACUUGCAGCGAAAUUAUACCACGAUCUUCGGCUACAUCAUCCCAAGAAACAACAGAAAGUAAGAUUAAACUAGAAUUGACGCCGCCAGAUACUCCACUAACUUUAUCAAAAAUCGGUUUCCAGUCAGUUUUAGAAAAUACAGAUUUGAAAAGAAGUAGAAAUUCCAUUCUUUCUCAAGGAUUUGGUACUGACACAGGCGUAUAUGGUCAAGAUAAAGCUAUGGCUUCUUACAGUCGUGAUCAUCAAUUAGUUGAAUCAAGUCGCGAGAAUAUAUCUAACAGCUAUCCUAUAAAUCCGUCCACUCUCUCAAUAGAAUUGUACGUGCCAAAAUCCAACGCCAACCUUAAUAACAAUACUGCAAGUCAGUCGAGCAAUAUUUCAAAAGGAAAGAGUACUAUCAAACAAGCUGCGAUGAAACUAUUUAGAAUAAGACCAACUACUAAGGGUUAUCAGGACAGUGAUACGCAGUCAACUCCUUGGACAAGAGUUCUCCAUUCUCAAUACGGAAAGCAUCACAAGUCUUAUACUACGAAUAAUGCUACCAAUAUUAGUAAAGCUGUUUAUUCACAAAGUCAAGGCCAAGUAGCUAAUAUUAGCGAUGCAUCAAUAAAAAUGGUUCAUGAAGUUAAUUUUGACAGCAAUGAUAUCCAGAUGUUACAGGAUUUAAUCAAGAAUAUUCCCAGUUUCGAGGCUAGUUUCAACCAGUUUACUAUACAAGAACAAGACGCUCUUCUAGGUAAUAUUUGGGGUUUGUACUGUAAUCUUAUCCUUUCUAUGUUUAAAAAUGAACGUAUUUGGCAACUACCUGCAAAGAUUGAGGAUAUUAAUCGUGUUCUAAAAUUUUAUAUUAAACUAAAACAGAACGGUAAAGUGGGUUGCAGUGGUCCAAAGUUCCUUACUGAAAUUUUGGACUGCCUACGAGCUUCACUAUACGUUCUGGAAACUCAAGUACUCUACAGUCAUUCAGAAGAUACUAUAAUGAACAGCGCUUUAAAACGUCUUUGUGCUAUAUGGGGUAUAUUCUAUAAACAUGCCUUUAGCGAUGCGAUGACUAUACUAGCUCCAUUAGAAGUUAGUUUUCAAAAUAACCCUCGAUACUGGCUAGGCGUGGAAACUGGCUCAUUGAGUACUGCACAAAUACUGUAUCAGAUGUUCAGGGAUGUAAUAGUCAUACCUUAUUAUCAAACGUUUCUGAACUAUCAAGGCAUGAGAAAAAAUUUCCAAGCAUAUAUAACUGAGGAAGAUGAGAAACAUGGUGUGUCACAAACAGAUAAACUGACUCUACUUCAAUGCUUUGGAAUACUGGCUUCACUCAAUAGUCGUGAUAUGAAUCAAAAAAUAGUUGACGAGCUAUUAAUGGGAGUCCGGAUGAGUAUCUAA